AUGCAUCCUCACCUCCACACUAAAGACAACACUGGGUGCGAAGAGGUCAUGGUCGCGCUCGAGGAAUGUCACGCCAGAGGAUUCAUGUGGAAAGCCAUAGGGAUGUGCACCAGCCAGAAGGAUAACCUCACCAAAUGCCUCAAAGCCGAGCGUUUCAAGAACCAGACGGCGAACCGAAACGAGGUCCAAAGCAGGAAGGAUCGGGUGCGGCAGCUAUGGAAAGAAAUCGACGAGACCUCCUGA